CAUUGACCGACCUGAAGCCCUUUGCUUUGUAUGGAAGCGGUCAGCAUCAGUAACGGGGUUCAUGUUACGUCUGUCCGGAGACAAUGAGGAACCUUACAGUUCUGUCACUACUGUUACUAAACAUACAGUUUGUCCUAUCAGCACCCAAGGUUGUCACUGCAAGUCUAAAAGCAAAGUGGACAAUGACGCCUUUCCUCCUGGAGACAAGUGAGUUUAUUGGAGAAGAUGGGAAUGAGAAAUUCUGGCAGUUUGUCGACACUGUGAAAGAGCUUACUGUUUACAAGCAAGGAGAGUCUGUGCGCUCCUAUUACAACUUGAUCAUUAAGAAGGCUGGCCAGUUCCUCACAGAUCUUCAAGUUAAUCUCCUCAAAUUUGCCUUGGCUUUACGAUCAUACUCACCAGCUGUCCAUGCAUCCCAGCAGAUAGCCAGUGAUGAGCCUCCACCUGAGGCCUGUCCUGCCUUUGUCUCCAUUCAUGGUCAGCAUAGCUGCAGCACCAAGGACAUCAAGAAGCUUGUGAAGGCAGCAGCAGGCAGGCCCAAACCGUAUUUAUACAAGAAUGAUCACACAUAUCCAGGGGCCAAUAAAACAGAUGUGCCAGUUGUGAUCCUCUAUGCUGAGAUUGGAACCAAGAAGUUCACCUCCUUUCAUAAGGUGCUGUCAGAGAAAGCUGAGGGGGGAACACUUUUAUAUGUGCUGCGACAUUUUGUGGCGAAUCCAAAGCCUCAAAAGAUGCUUUUAUCUGGCUACGGUGUGGAGUUGGCUAUCAAAAGCACAGAAUACAAAGCUGUGGAUGACACCAAAGUGAAAGACUCAAAGACGGCUUCAAAUGCAGAGGAGGAUAACAACGAUGAAGUCCAAGGAUUUGUUUUUGGCACUUUAAAGAAAUCUCACCCUGAACUCAAGGAACAACUCUUGGAGCUACGCAAACAUCUGCUGGAGAGCACCAGUGACAUGGUCCCACUUAAAGUGUGGGAAAUGCAAGAUCUCAGUUUCCAGGCAGCUGCCAGGAUCUUGUCUGCGCCUAAGUUUGAUGCCUUGAAGCUCAUGCGAGAUCUCAGUCAGAACUUCCCAAGCAAAGCCAGAUCACUGACAAGAGUGGCCGUAAAGCAGGAAAUGAGAAAAGAAAUUGAGGAGAACCAAAAGCGUCUCAGCGAAACCUUAGGUGUUCACCCUGGAGAUGGGGAGCUCUUCAUCAACGGAUUGCACAUUGAUCUGGACACUCACAACCCUUUCAGUAUAUUGGAUAUACUCAGAGAAGAAGCCAGGGUCUUGGAGGGGCUUCAUAACCUGGGCAUUAAAGGAGAAUAUCAGGGAAAGCUGCUGAGGCUUCCUGUGAACACUGUGGAUGACAGUUAUGCCUUAGAUAUCAGACAUCCUGCUAUAAUGUGGGUAAAUGACAUAGAGAAUGACCCCAUGUACCACAGCUGGCCAUCCGGUGUACAAGAGCUCCUCAGGGCCACCUUUCCUGGAGUUAUUCGGCAGAUCCGACGCAAUUUCUUCAACCUGGUUCUGUUUCUGGAUCCAGCACAGGAAGAAAGUGUUGAGCUGGUGAAACUUGCAGAGCUAUUCUACAAGCAUAAAAUCCCCUUGAGAAUAGGAUUUGUGUUUGUUGUCAACAACAAAGAAGAGAUUGAUGGCUUCUCAGACGCAGGGGUUGGAUUUUACCGACUCCUGAAUUACAUUGCAGAUGAGUACGAUUCAUCCCAGGCUCUGAUUUCCAUGUUCUCCCUGUACAAAAAAGUAGACAUCGGGGAGUCGCUGUCUGUUGAAACAAUCUCUGCUUACCUGAAGAACAAAUUCCCUAAAGCCAGUGCUGAAAGGAUUCUAGGCGUAGAAUCCGAAUAUGAUGACAAAAGAAAGGAUGGCGCCCUUUUCUACAAAAAGAGCGGCCUGGGUGCUCUGCCUCUGGCUUUAUUUAAUGGAGUACCUCUGAGUCCAGAUGAGAUGGACCCAGAUGAGCUAGAAACAAUCAUCCUGCAGCGCAUAAUGGACACAACAACCACCUUCCAGAGAGCUGUGUUUAUGGGUCAGUUGACUGAGGGCUCAGAUGUGGUGGACUACCUAAUGGAGCAGGCUAACGUGGUCCCCAGGAUGAAUCCUCUUAUUCUGAGCUCUGAUCGAAAAUACCUUGACUUCACUGCCACCCCAGUUGUGGAUGACUGGGAGGACAGAACUAUGUUUUCAUAUUUGGACUCCAGAGACAAAACGGCUGUGAUGGCUAAGAAGAUGAAGUACUUUACAAAUAGUGGCGAGGAUGGGAUGAGUGCUGUAACCAUGUGGAUAGUGAGUGAUUUUGAGACGGUGUCAGGAAGAAAACUUUUGUUGAAUGCUCUGAAACAUGUGAAGGCCAGUCCUGGAGUGCGUGUGGGGGUGAUAGAUAACCCCAGCGGAAAGCCCAGCGAAGAUAACACUGUGCUGUACAGGGCAAUCUGGGCUUCUCUUCUCACCCAGAAGAACAAGGCUGCUGCAGAGUUUGUGCAGAAACUUCUGAAAGAGGAGAGCAGCCUGCUCCUCAAACAAGGGACCAAGAUGAAGGAUCUCCUGAUGCAGGGCAUGGACAGUGAUGCCUUUGAGAAAAAGUUCAACACAAUGGAAGUGGACUUCAUUCAUAGUCACCAGCUGUUUUGUCGGGAAGUCCUGAAACUGAGGCCUGGACAGCGGGCGGUGAUUAGCAAUGGCAGGAUCCUUGGGCCAUUUGAAGAGCUGGAAGAAUUCAGCGUGGAGGAUUUCCUUUUGCUGGAGAAGAUAACACUCAGUGGUGCUGCAGAGAAAGUCAAAGCCAAAGUUAAACAGAUGGGGCUGAAGCCAAAGCACGCCAGUGACUUAGUCAUGAAAGUCGAUGCUCUCCUCACUGCAGCUCCCAAAGGUGAGACCAGGAGAGAGGUCACCUUUAUCAAAGACAGCCACAGUGUGCUCCAGCUCUCCCCGCGUGAAGAUGAGGUCUUCUAUGAUGUUGUGGCCAUUGUUGACCCACUCACUCGGGAGGCACAGAAGAUGUCCUCCCUGCUGAUUGUGCUCAGUCAAGUGGUCAAUGUGAGACUUCAGGUGUUUAUGAAUUGCAGGGCCAAGUUGUCUGAGAUGCCCCUCAAGAGCUUUUACCGCUUCGUCUUGGAGUCUGAUGUAAAUUUCUUGGCCAACGACACAGUUUCUCCAGGUCCAGUUGCCCGCUUCUCAGAUCUCCCAGAGUCUCCCCUCCUCACUCUAAAUAUGAUCACACCAGAGAGCUGGAUGGUUCAGGCAGUCAGCAGCCCUCAUGACUUAGAUAACAUCCACCUGCAGGAGGUGAGCGGAGUUGUGGCAGCAGAGUAUGAGCUGGAGCAUCUCUUGCUGGAGGGUCAUUGCUUCGACCUGUCGACUGGGCAGCCUCCCCGCGGGCUACAGUUUACCCUCGGCAUGAGUAGAGACCCGCUCAUGUACGACACCAUCGUCAUGGCUAACCUGGGGUAUUUCCAGCUGAAAGCAAACCCUGGUGCAUGGACUCUGAGAUUACGCAAAGGGAGAUCAGAGGACAUCUAUCAGAUUCUCUCGCACGAUGGGACAGAUUCCCCUGCAGACACUGGGGAUGUCAUAGUGGUACUGAACAGUUUCCACAGUAAGAUCAUCAAAGUCAGAGUCCAGAAAAAAGCAGAUAAGAUCAAUGAGGAUCUUUUAAGUGAAACUGGUGAAAGCAAAGGCAUAUGGGACUCCAUAGCAAGCAUCACAGGAGGAGGAUCUAAGAAGGAUGAUGGAGAGAAGAAGAAAGAGGAUGUUCUCAACAUAUUUUCUGUGGCUUCAGGCCAUCUUUAUGAGCGCUUUCUGAGAAUCAUGAUGCUGUCUGUUCUCCGACACACCAACACACCUGUAAAGUUCUGGUUCCUCAAGAAUUACCUUUCUCCAUCUUUCAAGGAGACAAUCUCUCACAUGGCAGAGGCAUACAGCUUUCAGUACGAGUUGGUUCAGUACAAGUGGCCUCGCUGGCUUCACCAGCAGACUGAGAAGCAGCGCAUUAUCUGGGGAUAUAAGAUCCUCUUCCUGGAUGUUCUGUUCCCUCUGGCUGUGGACAAGAUCAUCUUUGUGGACGCUGACCAGAUCGUCCGGGCUGAUCUGAAAGAGUUGAGAGAUUUCAACCUGGAGGGCGCUCCUUAUGGCUACACGCCAUUUUGUGAUAGUCGCAGAGAGAUGGAAGGCUAUCGCUUCUGGAAGACUGGCUACUGGGCCUCACAUCUAGGACACAGAAAAUACCACAUCAGCGCUCUGUAUGUCGUAGAUUUAAAGAAGUUUCGGAAGAUUGCAGCAGGGGAUCGGUUACGAGGCCAGUACCAGGCUCUAAGCCAAGACCCCAACAGUCUGUCCAACCUGGACCAGGACCUUCCGAACAACAUGAUCCACCAGGUGGUCAUCAAGUCUCUCCCACAGGAGUGGCUUUGGUGUGAGACGUGGUGUGACGACGCCUCCAAAGUCACAGCUAAAACUAUAGACCUGUGCAAUAACCCAAAGACCAAGGAGCCCAAGCUAACAGCUGCAGCUCGGAUUGUUCCUGAAUGGGUGGAGUAUGACAAUGAGAUAAAACAGCUGCUGAGACAAGUCCAGGAGCAGGAAGACGCAGAAACGCACAAGCAGACCCGCUCCCCCUCAAAAGAUAAGAAAGACAAGCAGCGAGAUGAACUUUAGCGUCUGCCAGCACCACGCUGAAGAGAGACGAGGCAGCUCCUUCUGCAUGCACGCCACCUGCAAAGCUUGAAGACAGACAAUUCCAUCUAAACAUAGCCACAGUGUUGUUGUGCGUCUCCCCCAGCCACAGAAGGAGAUAUUUUCAGAGAUGCCAUAUCCGCUUCUGCAGUCGAUACAUCUUACAAAUUAACACGUGAUGGAAGUGCUACCUGCCAACUGUGAACUGGCAGGGCACUCGAAGCACAACAGUCUGCUCUUUAUUAAUGGAGAAUAAAGGCAUCAUAGAAAGACUCAAAUGAGGGGGGUUUAAAGCACUCUGUUAGGUGUGUGUUUGAGAAUAGUUGCAAUAUUUUGCACUGAUGAUGUAUGCAUAGACUCAGACAGAGAAGGCACAUCGUUAAAAGCUGGCAUUGUGGUGUUUUUUAAGUGUAGUAAUGAUUUAAUGUACCUUUAAUUUGACCUUUUUUAACAUGAAGUUUCUGACUAUGCAUUGACUGAAAAAACUCAAACCAAAGUGGUGACAGACUUUAAUUAAAGCUCCUGUGAGGAACUUUUGACCUGUGUAGAUUUGGUGCCCCCCCCCCGUGGCCAAAUCAUUACCAUGUUUGUUGCUUUUUGUCCUGUCCAUGUCAGAGUAGUUGUUUACAACAAAAAAUUAUCUUACCAGUCAGAUGUAUCAUCAGUUAGUCUUUGCUAUGAAAAUGUAAACAUAUUUUGUCAAUGUCUAGGUCAACCCCGACACUGCAGCAGCAGUUCCAGGUGAUAGGGGUAUUUAUUUCAUUUCUAAAAAGUCCUCACAGGAGCUUUAACAUAGUCCAAUCCUUGUACGUUUCAAGACUAGCUGCUUAGUUGUUACAUGAAACUGUCAAGAAGGCGGCAUUUUUUAACUCUCCUCUUUCAUAAUCAAUGUUUUCUGUAAGUCCGUUUUGUCCCUUUCUUUCCAAAAUAUAUUGCGUCCAGAAGCAUAUAAAGCCGAUUGUUCAUCUUGUCACUGAAAUCUGUUGACUAUAGUUGACAGUUUGAAGUUACUCUAAUCUUUAGACCAAAACCUCGUGAACACACACCACUGUGCUGCAAGGAAAAUACUGCAGUCUUUAUCUGCUGUGAAAAACAGACAACACCAUCAGAUUAAUUAAAAUUAUUCAGAGAAGAGGAAGUUUAAUAUCUUUUGACAUAUCAGCUGUGUAUACAGAAGAAGCAAGCAGUUUUAUUUCUAUAUUUCGUCGUUUUCUGUUGCAUUUUGUCAGAUUUUUCUGAUUAGAUAUAGCAUGCCAAAACCUGUAUUUUUUGUGCUGCUCCUUAAAGAUACAGUGUGUAAAAUUGGAAUAUUAGCAACAUCUAACAGUCAGGUUCUAAAUGGCAGUGCUCACUUCUGGGGGUAACAGAUAAAUUAGUGGAAUUUAAAACGUGCAAGAUGCAAAAGUCCAAGGUGGUUUACAUAGAGGGGCCCUCUGUAUGUUUUAUUCAUUCAUUCAUUUUUUUAUAAUCGUGAUUAAUUUUUCUUACAACACCUUUUUGUUAAGCCACAUCAAAAAAUUAUUCACCAUUGUUCCUUAGUGUUCCAUUUCACUUGUAAAAACUCACAGAUGGAAAAGUCUGUGUUCAUAAAAUGUUACUUUUACUGUCCUCUUAUUUCCUUUUCAAUCCAUAGCAAGUUCAUUUUUCUGUGGAUAAGUUCUUUAUUAUGAUCUUUGAUCUGUCUAUAAAAACAGUCAUUUACCCUUAGUUUAUGGUUAGACAUUUCUGAGAUUAAUAGUGAUAAUAAAUGUUUAUCAUUUGUAUAAAUAAAAGGUCUGUUCUAAGUUAAUUAAAAGAUGAAAAACUGUAAAAGAUUUAACAUAUACCUACUUAGAAAUAUUCAUCCAUAUUUACUAAGUUUGUUUUGCUAAAUGCUACUAGGCUAAAUCUUAUUCACUGUCCCUUAAAAUAAGACAUAAAGCCAUCUUUAGAUUAAGCCAAGGCUCAGAUAUUCAGAAACUGUAAAACUUCUAUUAAAAGCCCAGGCCUGCUUUCAGUUGCUUCAGUCCAUGAGAUUUACUUAGACGUUAAUAAGUGACUGGCCUUUUAUUAUAUUAAAUCAAAACUUGGGCUUUUUUAAAGGAUGAUAAAAUUGUAAAUUUCACAUACAUGGAAGUACAAACAUAUUUGAAUGUGAAGCUGAUCUUUAAUCUUCUCUCCUAAACUGAUCUAAAUUCAAGCUUUAUCCUUAAAUAUUUGGAGCAAUGAAGUUUAUUCAUGGGUUGCUAUACCAAAGUGUUUGAUGGUUACGUAUUGUCAGAUAUUCUCAAUUUAACCACAAAAAAAGAAAAAUAUUAGAGCUCUCAUAAUAAUUUAUCAUACCAACAUUUAUGUUUCCAAACUCAUGGGAAUAUAAUUUAUUUAUGAGUUAAACUGGAAUAUAUGGAUGCCCAUUUCUGCCAUUUUCAAAAGAAAAAAGUAGAAGUUAGGCAAUUAAAAAAAAGAAUCCUGAGUCAAACUUGAGAGAUAAAAAGUCAUAAUUAUGAGAUUAAAAAGUCAAAAUUAUAACAUCAAAAGUAAAAAUUAAAAGAUAUAAAAGUCAAAAUUAUGAGAUAAAAAGUCAAAAUUCAUAAAUAAAAAGUAAAAAAAUGACUGGCUAACUGAAUUAGCACACUUUUUACCGGGAUGCCUUCUUUUCAUCAUCAUUGAAACUAUUUAGAAGUCAUACUUUGAAGAAAAAAUGUUGAUCACAGUCAUGUGAUUUGUCUUAAGUGGCUCUACCCUGCAUGUUACAUGAAAACUGUUUCUCAUGAAUCCUCAGCUGGACUCUGAUUUUCCUCCUUGGAUACGUAGCUAGUUAGCUUUAGCCUCAGUCUUUCAGUGUUUUUCAAGGAUGUAGCUACAAAGCAGAAGAUCAUUUUACAUGUCUGAGGGAAAACUGCUGCCUGAAAUAAAUGGGUAGCAGCUUUUGCUAACUUCAGUUUGAAUUUGACCUAUUUGUUUUUGUAAUGGUAGCAAGUUUAAGUGAUAAAUUUGACAUUUUUACAAAAUUGUGCCAUUAUGAAAUGCUGGAGAGGAGAUGUGGGAUUCAGUGAGCUGCUGUGCGCCCACUUGCACACUAAAGGUCAGGGUAUGAGGGUAAAAUAUUACACUGUUUACAUCUUCUGCUCAUUCAGCAUCACUAUACUUCAUUUAAGGGUUAUUGUUCAGUAUUUAAAUUUAAAAAUGGACCAGUGUUUUUGUCUCAGGAAUAAGAUGAGAUGAGUGUUGCUGCUCAGCAGAAGCCAACUAGUUUUUUUUUUUGUUUGUUUUUGUCUUAAAGGCUGAUAAACAUGGGUGCAGGAGGUCUGCUCUCAGGUCAC